UUAUGUAUGGAGCUUCCGCACCCUCCCCUUCGUUCUCUCGUUCGUCGUCCUCGAUUCUUUCUCCUCCUCGAUCGGGCGAACCCAAUCCAACUCACCAGACCCCUCAUAGCUCUCUUCCUCACUCUCAUGGCUUCCAAUUUACGGCUUCGUGAUUCUUGAUUGGGAGCUCUCGACCAGGAUCUGCGGUUUCAUCUCUUCUUAUUCUCCUACCAUCUCGUCUUUAUGUCGUCGCCUACAUCGGUGUCGCUGUCAGGGGGCAAGAUCUGCUUCAACUCCCAUUGCAAGGAGGUUAUACUGGACCACACGCCUCCGCGGAAGAAGGGGGGGUGGCGCCUUCGUUCUGGCGAGAUCGCUGAGCUCUGCGACCGCUGCUCCUGCGCUUUUGAGCAAGGGUCUUUCUGCGAGACGUUUCACUCUGAUGUUGCUGGUUGGAGGAACUGUGAGGCGUGUGGCAAGCGGGUGCAUUGUGGGUGUGUUGCCUCAGCCCCUACGUACGUGUUUCUUGAUGUUGGAGGAGUUGAGUGCAUUGCAUGCGCUAGGAAAUCUCUUGCGAUGGCACCAAAUCAAAUGUUGUCUUCUCCUAUGCUUAUGCACCAACAUGUAUCUGAGAGGAGAGAUUUACCUGUUAAAUCUGGGAGACCGAUAACCAGUCCAUUUUCUGGACAGUGGCGUCAAGCUCCACAUAUGUGGAACAUGACAAGCUUGCAGUCUGACUUACAGCAAAGGCUAUCAUAUGAAUUUGACAGACCUAGUAACAUUGAAAAAUUGGCACCUGGAGGCCGCCAUUCUAUAUCAGCACAUGAAAAGAAAUUUGAAGAACUACCCGAAAGAAUAAUGUCUGGCAGCCAUAACAAUAUUGCACGAGACAGAUAUGCUCAUGGGAACACAGGUUUGGAGUCAUUUCCUUCAUACAAUAAAUAUAAAGAAGAAGUAAGAAACACUGAUGUCUUGCUAAAAUCUUUCUUGCUUGUAGGAGAAAAUGAUCCUGAUUCUACAAGGAAAUCAGUAAUUCCAGAUCCUUGUUCAACCAGUUCUGGAGUUAAAAUUGAAGCAAAAGCAAAUUCAUCUAUCAAAUUGCAACCUUUACCUAUUUCAAAAGAAGACUCUUCUCCACUUAUUGGGUUGGCGGCUCCCUUUUCAUCGACAAAUGGAUCAAGGGAGCCAAUGAAGUUCUUGUCAAACCAACCACCACAACUAACAACUUCUCCAUUACCAAAGCAGUUUUACCCCGAGGGUAUCGCAGAUACUGAACUGCAAAUUCAAAUGCGCAAUGGAAGAGCUAGAGUGGAUGCCCGUUCACGAACACAAUUGCUUCCUCGAUAUUGGCCUAGGAUAACAGAUCAAGAGCUACAACAAAUAUCUGGGGAUACAAAUUCCGUCAUCACUCCAUUGUUUGAAAAGAUGUUAAGUGCUAGUGAUGCUGGCAGGAUUGGACGUCUUGUGCUUCCAAAGAAAUGUGCUGAGGCAUACUUUCCCACAAUUUCUCAGCCUGAAGGACUUCCUUUGAAAGUUCAGGAUGCUAGUGGAAAGGAUUGGGUGUUUCAGUUUCGUUUUUGGCCUAAUAAUAACAGCAGGAUGUAUGUCUUGGAAGGCGUUACACCUUGUAUUCAGGCAAUGCAAUUGCAAGCAGGAGACACAGUUACCUUUAGUAGGAUAGAUCCAGAAGGAAAGUUGGUCAUGGGAUUUAGAAAGGCUUCUAGCGGCUCUACUGAACAGGAUACUCAAACACAUAUAUCUGGCAGUGAUUUCUCAACACCUCCAGAAGGUAAUGACAAAAUUGCUGUUACAGAUCUCAUUGGAAAUGUCCCUUUUCGAGCCUCUAAAGCCAGCAUAGAGCCAAGUAAUCCAAUCAAUGCAGCAGACAAAUCGUCCUGGCCUAAGUUCACAAAGGCAGGAUUUAUACAACAAGAUGGGCCUGCUGCCAGGUCGUUGCAGGUUCCUAGCAAAAGGAAAGCCAGCACUCUUGGCUCAAAGAGUAAACGUCUACGGAUUGAAAAUGAGGAAUCCAUGGAAUUGAAACUAACAUGGGAAGAGGCUCAAGAGCUGCUCCGACCACCUCCAAACUCUUCUCCUGGGAUUGUUGUGAUUGAAGGUCACGAGUUCGAGGAAUAUGAGGAAGCACCUGUAUUAGGGAAGCGGACAUACUUUACCACAAAUCCAGCUGGUGAAAAUUAUCAAUGGGCUCAGUGUGAGGAUUGUUUGAAGUGGCGCAAACUGCCAAUUGACGCACUCCUGCCAUUUAAGUGGACUUGUACUGAAAAUGUUUCGGAUCCUCAAAGGUCAUCUUGUUCAUCUGCACAAGAAUUGAAUUUGGAGCAGAUAGCUGCUAUGAUCUCUUGUAAAACAGCAGAUGCUUCCAAGAGGGCCAAGGUGAAAGUAGAAAGCAACAACAUUGAAGUAUCUGAUGGGCUCGAUACACUUGCCAACCUUGCCAUUCUUGGUGAAGGCAAAAACCUUCCGACGUCUCAACCAACAACAAGACACCCACGGCACAGGCCUGGCUGCACAUGCAUCGUCUGUAUACAGCCUCCAAGCGGAAAAGGUCCCAAGCACAAGCAGACUUGCACUUGCAACGUUUGCCUCACCGUGAAACGCAGGUUCAGAACACUCAUGUUAAGGCGUGAAAAGCGUCAGUCUGAAAAGGAAUCUGAGACUGCACGGAAGCAGCAGCAGAAGCCCAUGCUACCAUCGUCUGAGGUGCUGCCACAAGUGAAGAGUGACCCAUCGUCGACUGGUCCAGGCGAUGACAAUGCUUCUCAAAAAGAAAUAGCAAGCAACGAUACGAUAGUCAAUGCAGCACCUGACCACAGAAGAACUUCUCCGACGGCAGUUAAGGCCCCUCAAAUCGAUUUAAACAUCCAGCCAGAGAGGGAGGAAGAUCCAUCACCCAAAUCUGAUACUGGAAGCAUGAUGAGGCUCAUCAGAGACUCCACAACUAGAACAGCGAGAUAACUGAAACGAGCAAGACCAGGAAGCCAAAAUUAAUUAUGCAGAUGCUAGAUUACAGACUUGUAUAGUAGGCAAUUAGAUCCGCAUCAUCUAUCCCUUCUGCUUGAGGAUUGCAUACUGAAGGAGCUACUUGGCGACUGAACAUAGGUGGUAUUAACUGCAAUGGUCUUGAGUCAUAUCUGGCAAACAGCUCCAAUGUGUAUAGAACACUCGAUCAGAAUGCUGAUGCAUCGUAAGUUCCAUUUGCUGUUGUUGUUGUUGUUUCGUCUUCUGUAAGCCAAAUAGGUGUGUCAAGUAGAGAUGUCUGAGUCUAUUGUGGGGCAGACAGGUAACAGAAAAAGUUAGUUGUAAGAAAAGGCUCUUUAAAGGUGGUGGUUAAUCGUUGGCU